UUUCGCGUGUAGAAACAGCGACCGUCCUUCCCCCCACCGCCGCUUUUUUUUAACUUGUAGCAGAAGUGCGGAUGUGAGUUGCAUAUUGAUACGGAACAGGCCGCCAGUAUUUAGUUCCUUCAGCAAUGCGUGUUUAGGCAAUGAUCAUUUUUUGGAAGCUAUGAAUCCAGAGGAGCAAACUGUAACGUGGUUAAUAUCACUGGGAGUGCUCAGCUCGCCUAAAAAGAAUAUAGCAGACCCGGAGGAGUUUUUGAAAACAUCGCUGAAGGAUGGGGUUGUCCUGUGCAAGCUCACGGAGCGGCUCAUACCUGGCUUCACGCCCAAGUAUUGCCAGGAUCCGAGAACUGAAGCCGACUGCAUUUCCAACAUCAGGGAGUUUUUAAGAGGAUGCUCGUCCUUGAAAGUGGAGGGGUUUGAACCAGAGUGGUUAUACUCUGGUGAGAACUUUGGAAAGGUCCUGUCCACUUUGCUGGCAGUCAACUUUGCUACACAAGACUGUGCUGCUGAGAGGUCAUGUUCGCAGUCCGGUGCCUCCUCUCCUAGUCAUUCGACAUCCUCACACACGCUCUCCUCUGCCAAAUCCAAAGGAUCUCUGCGCAGACAAUCCAAAUCAGUGGAGAUGUCUGAGAACGGUGGGGGUGGGCAGCAGAUGGUGAAGGCCCGCUUCAACUUCAAACAGAACAAUGAGGAUGAGCUGUCGUUUAAUAAAGGUGACAUGAUCCUUGUGACGCGGCAGGAGGAGGGAGGCUGGUGGGAGGGCAACCUCAACGGCAAAACGGGUUGGUUCCCCAGUAACUACGUCCGUGAGGUCAAACCCUGCGAGAAACCAGUGUCUCCUAAAGGAACUCAGCUGACAAAGAACUACUACAGUGUGGUGGUACAGGACAUCUUGGAACAUGAGCGGGAGUUUGUCAAAGAAUUACAAACAGUGCUAAGUUGCUACCUACGACCCCUGCAAGCCAGUGACAAGCUGAGCAGUGCAGACAGCGCCACCCUGUGUGGAAACCUAGAGGAAAUCCUUACCUUCCAGCAAAGCCUGUGUGUUUCUUUGGAGGAAUGUACAAAAGUCCCAGAGGGCCAGCAGCGAGUGGCAGGUUGCUACUUAAACAUGAUGUGUCAGAUCAAGAAUCUGUACCUGGCUUACUGCUCCAGUCACCCCUCGGCUGUCUGCAUCCUCACUGACCACAGUGAGGAACUAGACAAAUUUAUGGAGAGCCAGGGAGCCAGCGUGCCAGGGAUCCUGACCCUAACCACAAGUCUCAGUAAGCCCUUCAUGAGGCUGGACAAGUACCCCACACUGCUGCAGGAGUUGGAGAGACAUGUGGAGGAAGCCCAUCCAGACUUUGCUGAUAUCGUAAAGGCAACAGCUGCAUUUAGGAGUCUAGUGACGCAGUGCCAGGACCUGCGGAAGCGCAAGAACCUGGAGCUCCAGAUCUUGUCAGAACCAGUGCGUGGUUGGGAGGGAGACAGUAUGAAGAGCCUGGGUCACGUGGCAUAUAUGUCCCAAGUCCAUGUGAAAAAUGGGUCCAGUGAGGAAAAAGAGGAGCGCUACCUAAUGCUUUUCCCGAAUAUAAUAGUAAUGCUCUCUGCCAGCCCCCGGAUGAGUGGCUUUAUUUAUCAGGGAAGACUGCCACUGACAGGCACCACAGUAACAAGACAUGUGGAUGAAGCAGAUGCCCACUAUGCCUUUGACAUCACAGGAAGCACGAUCGAACGUAUUACAGUGUUCUGCAGUACUGGUCAGGAAUUACAGGAAUGGCUUGAGCACCUCCAGCCCUUUACCAAAGGAGGCAGCCCAGCAGGAACCAUCUUAAAGACAGGAGAAGGCAAGCCGGUGAGCAUCGUUGUAACCUCCACUCACCUGUCUCACCUGGGCAGCCUCAGUCGUGGCCCCCUGGAACCACCAAAAAUCAGCAAGCCGUGGUCCCUCAGCUGUUUGCGUCCCGCACCUCCCCUCAAACCCUCCGCUGCGCUGGGAUACAAAGAGAGGAUGUCUUAUAUCAUGAAGGAUUCCAGCAAGAGCCCGCGGCCUAUGAAGAAGUUCCUGCCAGGCAACAGGAAGAAAGAAAGGAAGCCCUCUGAUGACGAGAUUCAAACAAGGAAAAGCACAGCCGCGCUGGAGGAGGAUGCCCAGAUACUGCGGGUGAUUGAGGCGUACUGCACAGGAGCCAGCCUGCACCAGACCACCACAGCAGUGCGGAAAGAGUGUGUGCCUCAGGUGCUUCUGCCAGACGAGGAGAAGAUCAUUGUGGAGGAGAUGAAGAGCAAUGGGCAGACAGUUAUUGAGGAAAAGAGCCUGGUUGAUGCCGUGUAUGCUUUAAAGGAUGAGGUUCAUGAACUGAAGAAGGAGAAUAAAUGGAUGAAGCAGUUUCUGGAGGAGGAGCAGAAGUCUCGCAAAGAGCUGGAGAGGGUGGUCCGAAAACUGGCCAAGCAGAAGAAUGAUUGUACUUGGGAUGACGGCGGCCACUGAACACAUCCACAUAAUCAUCCUCUCGUGUGUGUGUGUGUGUGUGUGUCUGUGUGUCUGUGUGUCUGUGUGUGUGUGUGUCUGUGUGUGUGUGUGUGCGUGUGUGCGCGUGUGUGUGUGUCUGUGUGUUGCGUCUCCAUAUUUCAAUCACACAUAGAGUUGGACUCCUUUCUGACAAUGAUUCUCGGAAGUUUCUUCGAUUCAAGUGCUGGAACUUGAUUUGACAUCGUGAUCAAAUCAAAUCUGUCUUCCUGAUCCAGCCCCACUCAGCUAAACCAAGACUGAUGAAGUGGGAUGCUUCAAACAUAUUGCCUCUUGGCGACUGGCACUGUGAACACACCCGAGAAAAUAGAACAAUUUUGGACAAGGAAAAGGACAAACGUUUGCCAUCGCUUCUUAUGCUUCAGUUGGAAAUAGAAAAGGAGAAUGAAGCCAUCAAGUUCAAUAGGUGUUCUCUUGCAUGCACUUCUGUCGCCAAGGGGACUAUUUUCUUCUCUUCACAUCUUGUCAUUGUCAUAUUUUAUUUGUCACAAGGAAACCCCAGUCAGGAAAUUGAUUUAUUGAGCUUUCCUAAGUAUGUGUGAUUGGCAUUUUUCUAACAUUCAAAACUCAAUCACAACUUUCCCAGCUAUUUUGUAGGUGUUCAAUCAAGUCAAACAGGUUAGCUCAUCAUGUUAUAUUCAGUUGUUUCCAAAUGCAGCCCUUGACUGUUUAUUUAAAAACUGCAUGAAUGUACAGUGUUUCUACAGUAUGCAUUUGCAUCAGAAAUGUGAUAAUCAAGAUAUUCAGAUAUAUAGUCCAAAGCUAUCAGGGAUGCAGCUGCAUAAUAAAAUAGAAAGGCUUAACUAUGUAUCAUUUAUUAUACAGAGUAUGUGAAUAAUGACAAAGAUGUCGCCCCUUCUCUUCUUACUAAAAUAUACUCAAGAAUAAUUUUAACAUUAAUUACAUAGCCUUGCUUUAUUUUGGAUUUUAAAAUAUUUUUAUUUAUUGUUCAUCAAAGCAUUUAAUUGUGGUGUUAGCCUUAUAGAUAUAAGUUGCUGCCUUUACAUUAGCCUUGUGUGGAAUUUUAUUAAACUACACUGAUGUGUAAAAGCAGAAAAAUAUCCUUGUUCUGGCCAAGGAGAAAUAGAAUUUUUUUCUAAUCAUAAAAGAGGAAAAACGACUUGAAGAAUUGUAAAGAAUUCAGAGGCGUCUAUGGCUUUCUAACAGGAUCCUGCAGAGCUGACGGAGCCAGUCUAAAGAAAUAAACGGAGAAAGAUUUAUUUGUGGGUGUAGAGUAGAGCUCAAGUGCCUCCCGAAGGGGUCGAUAAACUCUAGUGAGUUAAAGACCAGACUGGGACUAAAUGCAUGACUUAUAUCGAAAGUGUCACUGGUGGGUUGUUGUACUAUUUCAACAGAAAACGGCUCAAGCUGAAUGGGUGUUUAAAUAGGGUCUGACAAAUACACAGGGGUUUGUGUGUUAUUGAAGAUGCAACCUCAUCCCAAGGACCCACAGCGGUACAUUUCCUCAUGAGGUUGAGUCUGCACUCUCAGCACUGUAUUGUCGCUGCAGUGGGUGUUAUUGAAAUGCAGUAAGUGACGGCUUUACUGACAGACCACUGGUCCAGUCAUUGUGGAGAAAUUGCAAUAAUAAUAAUAAUGAUAAUAAUAAUAAUAAUAACAUUAACCCAAUCUAUUAACCAAAACAGGCCAGGCCAUGUGCUUUAGCCGCCACAAAGUUAGGCUAUUCAUUGUAAUCCUUUUGCCUUUAUUUAAUCAAGACUUUUGAUAUUAAAGAUUGUUUAACCAUGUCCAGAUUUUCAUCACAAAUUAUUAAAAAUGUAAUAAUAAUGCAGUCCUGUACAAUCCCUGUUUUCUUGUGCACCUUCUCACAGGGAAGUUAGAGCAUUUUGUGAUAUACAAAGCAGAACCAAUACAUCUGCAGCACUGUUAAGUGUUUUGCUCAAGGGCACUGCAGCAAGUUCAACGCUUGCUCAGGUGCUGGAGCUGAUCUUUAAUUAUUAUUUCUGGCAGCCAGAUUCUCUUCAGUGUCAGAGAGUCUGCUUCCUGUACAGAUGUGUAACUCUGUCUCAUCAUUUGUUAUAUAUUAAGAUCAACAUUGUUGCUGUCCUUGUAUUUUUGAAAUUUUUUUUUUCAUCAAGUAUCGUAUACUGUAUUGUUCAAUUCCCUAUAGCCUUCAGUGAGCACUUACUGGUGGGAGGGGAUUGAAUUCCAGUUUCAUCUUGUUUAUCUGAAACCACAUCUCCAGACCACUGUGUGUAUUGUUUUUUUUUGAAAGGUUGUUCUAUGCAAUUAUUGUUGUUGCAAGUGUUGUAAUGCUUUUUUUUCUAGACACUCUGUACUUUAUGUUUGGUAUGGUCAUUCUUUUAUUAAAAAUUUAAUAUAAAAA